AUGUAUUUAUACAAUAAUAACAAGCAGGCUUGCAUCUCAAUUUUAAUAAAAUUUGUGACUGAUGUUUACAACUCGAUGAGAACAAAAAUGUUAUCAAAACACGAUCUAAUUAUCGUUGUCUCAUUACUAACCAUAAGUGGUGUUUAUGCUAAAGAUUAUGUGACAAUAUCAAACUGUGGAGAUGAUACAAUGACUUAUACCCCUGCUGAGAGAGUAGAAAUAGGUCCAGAAUGGGAUGGUGACGACAAAGAAUUGCUGCGCAACUAUGACUUUACGUAUGCGAUUUCACACCAUGCACACGGAGCAAAGGGAUCUGUGUCAAAUAUACCAGUUACAAAUUUACUGCAACAAACGUUGGAUAAUAUACAGAAACUUGUGAUACCUCCAAAUACUUUUGUGCCAAACGCAUACAAUGUGACAGUGCACUCUAAACGUAAAAGUUCUGUAAAAACAGGACCUGCGAAUGCUUUAGAAAAAGGAUCUAAAACCUGUCGAGUUCUAAUAUUGACCUUUUUUCCGUUUGCAGUAAUAUCAGGAGGAUUUAGAAGGGUGGUGCCGGCUAACCUUGAUAUUGUUGUUGAUGGAGAAGGUUCCUUCGAUUCAAAUUUUAACAAUGGAACUUCUAGCACUUUAAAUUUCACGUGGUCAUGUAAUCAAACCCAGACACCUCCAACUUUUUGCAAAAAAGAUCCCAUUUCCACCGCCUCUGGGUUUACUAUUCCAGCUCGACACGUCAAGGAUGGUGACACUUUUACCAUAAAGUUACAAGUCAAGUUAAAGUACUUAGACGAGGAUAUCAACAAAAAUGAAACUCAGACAGUUAUUGUAGUAGCUAACGCUCCAGCUUUGGAAAUGAUUUGUAGAAAGAACUGUCUGUCGUGGACUGAUUACGCCAACUACGAAUUAAUAACAUUGUUUGGCGCUUCUUGCGUUACGAACUGUGAAGGGUUACAAGAUGAUGACUACAUGUGGUCUGUCAAAGUUCUCAACGACUCGUCUUACAAGUUUGAUUAUUCAAACUCGCGUUAUGGUAAAAGCGGCACCAAAUUCUUGAUUGAGAAAAACACAUUAGAGAAAGCAGCUUGGUACAUCGUGGAAGUAGAAGCAAAGACUACUCAAGGGCGUGGUUAUGCAGCGCUUAAAAUGUCGUACCAUCGUCCAGCUAAAGUUAGCAACUGUAAGCUCGACCCACCAGAAGGAAAAUCUCUGGAAACUUAUUAUAAGUUUUCGUGUACACAAACCCCACCAAACCAACCAAAUUUUUAUGAAUUUCUUGUUAGAGACGCUACUGAUAUUUCAAUCGAACAGACGAUUGUUAGUGGCUUUCAUCCAGACGUUUUUAAAAGACAGUUCAAGUUACCCCCUUCUGAGGGAAAAAUUUUUAUUGCGAAAGCCACGAAAAUUUCGAAGGAAAGUUAUCCAGCUAAAGAAGUAAGAGUAGAAGGUCGUGUAGAAUCUGCUCUUAGCGACAAACCAUCUAAAGAAGUGGUCCAAAUUUUGGACGACAUUUACAACGGCAAUGGGACUAAUCAAUCUAUAAUUAAUCUAGUUAGCAGUAACAAUCCGGAAGACAGGAGCAAAGCGAUUGAAGUUUUUCAAAGCAUAGUAGAUGAACUUGUGGUUAGUAAGAUAGAAGAUCAACAACUGAAAGAUUUUCUCGAAACUCUCAAGUACACAGCUUCAGAAGACAUGUUGAAGGCACCUCUUAAAUCUUUAGAGGAAGUGAUUAAAAUAAGUCAGUCUUUGACCAAACUCCAACAGCAACACAUACCUGCAGAGUCUGAUCCACUUCUAUCCAAAUUUACCUCAACAGUUUGUAAAAAGAUGGCAGACAGGGCUUUAGAGACACUGAGGGGUCAGGAAUUUCCAUACAAACUAGGAGACAGAAUGAAAAAGUUUUCCUCAACCGUAGCUAAGUGCUUUGAAACUACCACGAAUCCAAAUUACAAGAUAAUCAAGCCCAUUGAGCUAAACGUUUCUACAGAAACACCAAUUUUUGACGUGCCAGUAAUUACAGAAGACUACCCAGAUUACGUUGACCACGACGAAAGCUACUACAAAAAUUUGGAAUACCUGAAAGAAGCUUCGUUCAACAUAGUAAAUGGAAGCGCUACAUCUGCAAAAGUGAUAGCAAUGGCCACAGCAACCGGUGAAGGGUUGGUCCGAGCUUUCGGCAACCAAAGCGAAACUGUCGUUUUCAAAGACACCGGCUCGGAACUUACAAGAAGCCCUGUACGAGCAACAGGAGUAAUAGUGACUGUUUCGAGCGAUUUCGUAAACGACGAACAUUCGUACGACUUUCUCAUGACGACUUGGAAUAAUGACAUUCUGUGGUGGAAUCCUGGCUUUGUAAAAGUGUACACAAAUAUUAUUAAUCUAGAAUUCUGGCAUUCAACGUGCGUGAAGCGCAUAGACAGUUUUAAGAAUCCAGUGGGCAUUUAUUUCGCUAUGAAGAACAAGAGCGGAUUUGUUCCAAGAAUGAGAGAAUAUUUUGUCAAUGUUGCAGAAGGUUAUGCCACAAUGACUGACGAUGAACUGAAUUAUCAAAUCAACGUUUAUCGAAUAGCAUUACCAACAAAACGAACGUUGCACGUAAACUUUCGUGGUUCCAAUACUAGUAACGUCUUUAACGUUGUUCUUUUAGAAAACAAAUUCCCUACUGUGGAAGAUUUUGUUAACAACGAUGUAACAUUUGAAACUGACACUUCUCUACGACUGGCAAACGACUAUGAUUAUGACAUUCUUGCCUAUAUUGGAAUCUUGGUUAAAAAAGAGGCAGCUGCUGAAAAAACAACCUUGACAUAUGGAAUUAGUACACUUGUUACAUGUUGCAUUGAAUUUAUAACACUAGACAGCAAAUGGAUACCCACGUGUAAGCCUGGAAAUGAAAGCAAUCAAACUGCUCUCUAUUGCAUCUGCAAUCAUUUCUCGGUCAUUGCUGGUCACAUACAAAAUAUACAAUAUAUUCCCCAGCGCGUUUUUAAGCCAGAUUUGGAAUUGAAACUCUGGUACUCUUUAGUGAUUUUCUCAACUCUGGCACUCACUUUAUUGAUUUUCUUGUUGCUGCUGACGUUGUCGUUACUUCAGAAAAAGGAGCAAGUUUACUUUGUAGGAGAUAACGAUGCCAGCCAUCGAUUUGCCUACUUGGUGAUGAUUAGAACCGGUGAAGGUUACAAUGCGGGUACUUCAUCCAAUAUCAUGAUCAAACUCGUGGGUGACAAGAGCUUCAGCGAGCCACAUGCCCUCAAUUACCCUGAUCCUCAGUUAAGAAUACUACAACAAUUCAAUCACGACAUGUUCGUUUUGGCGACAGAAAAUCAUUUGGGAAAACUAACAUCUCUGGAAAUUUGGUUUGACAGUAUUGGCCAAAACCCAGAUUGGUACUGCAAAGAUAUACUAGUUUACGACUUACAAGAACACACCCAGUGGCACUUUAAAAUAGAAGAGUGGAUAUCGAUUGUUAAAGGUACGACGUACCUUGUGGCCAAACCGACUCAACGUAAAACACCUCUUGAAGAACCACCGUUUACGAAAACUCUGUCAUUUACUAAAAAAUUUCCAUUUAUUAGAUUCAAGAUUGAUUUAAGUCUGCUUCGAAGGUACCACACUUGGUACUUAUGGAUAAAUGAAGAAAAUUUGUCUUAUAUUAAAAAACUGACAAUUAUGCUCUCGACCAUGCUAACGACGUAUAGUUUAGCUCUUGUAAUGCUGGGUCAACCAAGUCUAAAACUGAUUGAUGGUUUCGAGCGAUAUCACUACUACACAAUUCCUCUGUACUCUAUUUUGGUAGGUUUUGUGUGCUCGUUUCCCACGUUUCUGCUGCACAUUGCCAUCGCUUGGUGUUUUCGGUUUUCUAAGAUUCAAGUCUCAAAGUACGAACAAGACCGCAAGUUAUCUUUCCGUUACACUGUGGCUUGUUGGAGCGCACUUCUAACCCUAAUUGCUCUUUCUACUGCAUAUUUGAUAAUUAUUGGGUUCUGGGUACCAAAGUACGCAAGUCUAAUAUGGUUAACCACCAGUGCUAUUAGUAUCAUAAUCGGAGUACUUCUCUACGAACCCAUUUUCUUUCUCGGUGUUAACUUUUUCUACAACCGUGAAAUCGUCUACGAAAUCAAAAAAAAAUUCGAAGAUAUUUUUGCGGCUGUCGAAGCACAACGAGAUUACUUGUUUGCAACGUUUGGACCACAACUUCUGCGACCGUAUUUUGAACACUUGUAUAUUCCUUUAAAGAGAAGACGAAUUAAAGAAUUGACAAUCUUAAUUAAACAUCGUCGCUUCGUUAUAUCCGAACUUCAAGAUUUACUCAUGUUUGUUGUAUAUGUCAUUAUUUUAUACAUGGUAAUUUUAGCUGAUAAGGAUAGGUUGGUGGUACUCGGCAAAAUGUUAAUGGAGGACAUAAUCGAGGGAAAACAUACAAGAACCGUGGACUUCAACGACAUCGAAACCGCUCACGAUAUCUAUGGGUACAUCAACGCAACGUUAAUAACAUCAAUCCAACCCUUGAGGUGGUACGGAAACUUCGUGGUGUCGGAACCUGGGUUGAUGCUCGAUGUUGCCAACAAAUAUAUGGGAGUUACUAGACUGAGACAACAGCGAACAAAAAGCGGUCUCUGCGCAGUACCAGAACCCUUGGAGUUCUUAAACUUGUCGUGCUGGCCAGAAUUUGCACGAAAGCACACAGAAACCAGAACUUUCGGCUACAGAUGGGGAAAUUUUUCUACUUAUAUCAAUUACGACAGACUGAAGACUAUUUGGAAAUACGCUACUCAAGGCCAAACGGCAACUUUUCCCACUUUUGGCGAAAUUGCGGCCUACUCUGGUGGUGGCUAUGUUGCUUAUUUGGGUCGCACCCUAUACAACUCCUACGUUAAUUUCAGGCAACUUUUAAACAAGUUGUGGAUUGACCAAGCAACGAGAGUGGUUUUCAUUGAAUUUUUAACCUACAAUGCCAACUGUAACAUUUUUAGCUCAAUUAGACUUACAUUCGAACAAAGUGCAACAGGUUUCGUUACAAAGCGUGUUAUUGUUUACACGGUUCGAAUGCUCUUUGUCAACAACGAAGUGGCUUACAUCUCGACGGUGUUUUUCACUCUGUUCAUAAUUUGGGUUGGGCUGCUAAUGUUCAAACAGUCGCUAGGAAUCGUCAAAUCCUUUCACCAUUUCUACAAAGACCCUUGGCUAAUGAUUGAUUUUAUAAUAAUCGUUUUGAGCCUUUUGUGCAUAUUUUUCUUUGCCUUGAGGAUACAUUUUGUGGGAGCGUAUCUCGAAGAAUUGGAAACAGCUAAACACAACGCAUUCUUGAGCUACUUCUAUUUGUUCUACAUAGAAGAUUUUCUUACUUUUGCGGCAGCUUUCUUGGUGUGCAUAGCAACCAUCAGACUGUGGAAGUUUCUCAGGUUUGCAAAAAUGUUCCGAAUGAUGGAAAGAACGUUGGCAGUAGCACUGUUACCCCUUCUGUGUUUCCUAAUUAUUUUCGGCACUGUUGUUAUGGGAGCCGGAAUGGCAUUUUUGUUAUUAGUAGGAAAGGAAUUUAAAAGAGUUCGAUCGUUGGUAAAAAUGAUAAGAUUAAUGUUGACUAUGAGUUUAAAAGCUAGCGAAAUGAAGUCUACAGAAUUCCUUGAUUAUAAGGUUGCGUUAUUCUACAUGGUCUUGUACAUUAUAACUCUAGAACUAAGUUUAUUUACUUUUAUAACCAUAAUCGUCUUUGCUUACGCUAAAGCCCAGUGGGAAUUUUCUUCGGAUUUGGGAAAUUACACAGUGAGAGACUACGUACUAGAACGAUCUGCUUAUUUGAGGACUUUUUUCACAUAUAAAUCUAAACGACUACGAGCUGGACUAAUGGAAAUAGUCGAUAGUAAAGUAGCACCUAAAUCCGAUAAGUUUUUGUAUCGCAACAGCUGCUCCGUUUCCGUUCCUAAAAUGAGACUGAUGAAAUACAUAACGCGAGGACUUAUUAGAAAACAAACCCGAAAAUCAUCUGUUCUUACCAGUUACGACGUAAAACUAAUGGAGACUAUCUGCCGUCAAAUUUUUUUAAAAAGUGGAAAGGAUGAAGUUGAUGUAUUUUUCAUGGGCCAUGUCCGAGGAACAAAUGUUAAAUUAGUUGAUGAAAAACGUGUUGAGAAAAUUGCCAAUAUUACUAAUUUGCUAUUGCAAGAAAAUCGGUUGGAUUCAUUUAUACAAGAAGAAAAGAAUCCUACACUGGAAAAGUAUGUGAAAGCGAUUAAAAGACGAGGUUCUACUCUACGACAGUGCACUCUGAAUUUGAAACUAAUCCUCAAGAAAAUGAAAACAGCUGAACUCAAAUUUUCACGUGUUUAG